UCGGCGCCGCCUGGCCGGGAGGGAAUGAAUGGGCGUUGAGGUAGGGGUGUGUCGGCUUUAGGGACUGACCUUAGGCGUCUGAGCGGCCGCAGCAUGGAGGACGACGCGCCGGUGAUUUACGGGCUGGAGUUCCAGGCACGUGCUCUUACACCUCAGACUGCAGAAACAGAUGCCAUUCGGUUUUUGGUUGGGACGCAGUCUCUUAAAUAUGAUAAUCAGAUCCACAUCAUAGAUUUUGACGACGAAAAUAACAUUAUAAAUAAAAAUGUCCUCCUGCAUCAAGUGGGUGAAAUCUGGCACAUUAGUGCCAGUCCUGCAGACAGAGGUGUGCUGGCCACCUGCUACAAUAACACUUCAGACAGCAAAGUCCUGACGUGUGCGGCUGUGUGGAGGAUGCCGAAGGAAUUGGAACCAGGCAGCCACGAGUCCCCUGACGAUUCAUCCAGCACUGCGCAUACCCUGGAGCUGCUCUGUCACCUUGACAACACAGCCCACGGCAGCAUGGCCUGUGUCGCUUGGGAGCCCACGGGAGACGGGAAGAAAGUCAUCUCCUUGGCGGAUAACCACAUCCUGCUGUGGGAUUUGCAGGAAAGCUCCAGCCAGGCCGUGCUGGCCAGUUCGGCGUCGCUGGAAGGGAAGGGCCAGCUGAAGUUCACCUCGGGACGGUGGAGCCCGCAUCACAACUGCACCCAGGUGGCCACAGCGAACGACACAGCUGUCCGAGGGUGGGACACGCGGAGCAUGAGCCAGAUAUACUGCAUAGAGAACGCCCACGGGCAGCUGGUGCGGGACCUCGACUUCAACCCCAACAAGCAGUACUACUUAGCCAGCUGUGGGGACGACUGCAAGGUGAAGUUCUGGGACACCCGGAACGUCACUGAGCCUGUGAAGACCCUGGAGGAGCAUUCCCACUGGGUGUGGAGUGUCCGCUACAACCACUCACACGACCAGCUCGUCCUCACCGGCAGCAGUGACAGCAGGGUCAUCCUUUCCAACAUGGUGUCCAUCUCCUCCGAGCCCUUCGGCCAUCUGGUGGAUGACGACGACCUGAGUGACCAGGAGGAGCGCCGUCCGGAGGAGAAGAGUCAGGAGCCCCCGCAGGACAGCGUCAUCGCGACCUACGAGGAGCAUGAGGACAGCGUGUAUGCCGUGGACUGGUCCUCGGCCGACCCCUGGCUCUUCGCCUCCCUGAGUUACGAUGGGAGGCUGGUCAUCAACAGGGUGCCCAGGGCUCUGAAGUAUCACAUACUGCUCUGACCCGCCCGGUUCAUCCUCAGGCGGGGCUCGGGGACAGGCCACUGUUUGGAGGCAGGCGGUUUGCCAGCUGGCUCCCUCUCCGGGAGAACCAGCAUUGCCGUCCUCUAGCACCAGUGUCUAUGAGUGAUGGUGGAGCUCCUGCCGACUGCACACCGGACACCUUCGUUGUCUCCCCCGGCUCCACGUGGAAGCAUCGUCCUCCACACCGUGCUGGGGCUGUGGCCCUGUUGCUACGUGACUUGGUGCCUGCCUAGUCGCUGCUUACUUUCUCUUCUCUCCUUUCAGGAUGUUGUGAGUUUCACUUCAAAAAUAAAAUCUGUUUCCAUAAAUUAACUUACCUUUCUCUUGAGAUUAAACAUGAAAUAAACGAGUAAGACACUGCU